CCCCAAACCUUUCCGACACCGUAUCCUUCACCAGAGUUCGACAACCGACUCGCCCAAAAUGCCACCCAAAUCGGAAACCCAUGCCUCCUCAGCCACCACCGGCGGCACCACCGCCCAAUUCGAUCCUGCAUCUGACUCCAUCGAUCUGAUGUUUCACAUCUUAAAGGCCCUCCCUUUCUCCUUCCUUCGCCCGCCCCGCCUGCGGCUGAAGCUUCCCACCUUCACUCUCCCCUCUGCCAUGACUGUGUACUCCCUCAUCCUUCUCACCUACUUCAUGGUCGUCUCCGGGAUCGUGUACGACGUCAUUGUGGAACCCCCUGGCAUAGGCUCCACCCAGGACCGGUUUACUGGAGCGGUCAAACCCGUAGUCUUCCUCCCCGGUCGGGUCAACGGGCAGUACAUUAUUGAGGGCUUAUCUUCUGGGUUCAUGUUUGUUCUCGGUGGUGUUGGGAUAGUGCUAUUGGAUCUGGCCCUUGACAAGAACCGCGCCAAGAGCGUCAAGGUGUCGUAUGCAUCGGCUGGGGUUGCAUCUGUGGUGAUUUCGUAUGUCAUGAGUAUGCUCUUUGUUCGGAUUAAGAUCCCAGGGUAUCUCCGCUGAGUUACUUUCACAUUCUAUGUCUUGCCUUUUCUGUUAGGAAUUUGAUAAAUCAAGUUUUUCUGUUCUGAUUUCUAAGUGUAACGAGUCUUUUGAUUAAUUCAACACCUACCCGUUAGACAUAUGAGUCGGAAGAAAAUGAAUUAACUAUGGGACAUUGGUGAUUAUAUGCUAUAUUGUGUUAUUGUUGAUUGUUGGAUGUUUUAAAGAAUUGACGUUUAGGUGAUGGAUUUCACUGUAAAUGGUAACACUUUGUUGGUCAGAGCAAAUGGGAUUCUCCAGAUGUUAGGAUGAUCAGUUUUGCCUUUUUGUAAUGAAACUUUGGUUUGUCUGUGUUGGCAUCACACUUGACUUUCAUGGCUUCAUUGUAUGGUGAAGGCUUUCUUGGG